ACGGCGGUCCCCUUCAGAUAAACCAGACCUCGUCCCACCUCUCUCUCUCUCUCUUUGUCUCCCAUUUUGGUUCCUAAUCCUCCCUCCUCUCUCUGUGCGUCAUAAACCCUGAUUUGGAACUCGAACAAGGACGGCGAUGGAGGCACCGCAGUACUUCCACGGCGGCUUUUACCGCGACGGGAACCCGCAGUGCGCGCCGGAGAGGAAGGCCGGCGGCGGAGGCGAACAGUUCUCGGUGGAAGACCUGCUGGACUUCUCCAACGAGGAGGAGGACGAAGCCGGGGGGCUGGCCGCGACCGGGGAGGACGGCGCAGCCGGGAACUCCACGGACUCCUCCACCGUCACUGCCGUGGACAGCUGCGGCAACUCCUUCUCCGCCCUCGAGCCGCAUUUCUCCAGCGACCUCGUCUGCCGGAGCCUCGCCGACGCCAGCCUCUCCGGCGACCUAUGCGAGCCGCAGUACGACGAGCUGGCGGAGCUCGAAUGGCUUUCUAAUUUCGUCGAGGAAUCCUUCUCCAGUGAGGACCUCCACAAGCUUCACCUCAUCUCCGGCGUCAAUUCCACCACCACCUCCUCCAGGACCACCGCGGCGGCCGCUACCCGAGCCGAGUUCUCCGCUCAGGAGGCCGCCAACCAGGUGGCCCCCUUCCGCGCCGAGGCCCUCGUCCCCGGCAAGGCGCGGAGCAAGCGCUCCCGCGCCGCCCCCUGCAGCUGGUCCUCCCGGCUGCUCGUGCUCUCCCCGUCCCUGACGGCCGCUCCGUCGCCGGAGUCUGAGCUCAUCGUGCCCCCCAGCGCUGCUGCCGCCGGCGCAGGCGGGAAGAAGGCGGCGAAGCCGGCGUCGAAGAAGAAGGAUAUGUCCGCCGGCCCGGCCGUGGCGGCGGCGCCGGACGGCCGCAAGUGCCUGCACUGCCAGACCGACAAGACGCCGCAGUGGCGGACGGGGCCCAUGGGCCCCAAGACGCUGUGCAACGCCUGCGGCGUCCGCUACAAGUCCGGCCGCCUCGUGCCUGAGUACCGCCCGGCCGCCAGCCCCACCUUCGUGGUUUCCAAGCACUCCAACUCCCACCGAAAGGUCCUCGAGCUCCGCCGCCAGAAGGAGCUCCAGCAGCAGCACCUCCACGCCGGCGGCGGCGCCUCCCUCUACAACGGUCCCACGCCGGUGGACGCCGCUGCCGCUGACGACUUCUUGAUCCACGGCCCCGACUUCCGACAUCUCAUUUAACGGUGACGUCUCAGUCCGGAUUGAUCGCGCGGCGGAGGCCAAAAAGGACUCUCUUUUUACCGAAAGUAAUUCCCUAGGGGUUAAAUUAGGAGGAAUUUAGGCUACUUUCCAUGCUCUUUUGCCCUAAAUCCUUGAAGCAGCUCAGCUCAUCAAUGUCUUCCAUAUUUUUCCUAAUCCGUUCCUUUUCUUCUCUAACCUCAGAUAUUAAUUCUAGGACGAUUUAAAUUGUAGUGUGAAAUGCCAGCAAAAAAAAAAAGAAAUCAAUAAAAUUAGACAUCUUGCCCGUCUUCA